UGAAGUUAACAAUGACAUUUUAAUCAUCACUGGCAUCUAAUCUGUCAAUGUCAUCCAGUUUACCUUGGAAACUUGGCACAGACUGAUGCAUAGAGACUAACUACACAGGGGAAAAACAUCAACCUGAACCGGUUUGAAUGUGGGUGACUCAACUCAAAUUUGACUAUAAAAGGACACAUCAUCCAGGGCCAGCCACUGCAUUACACGAACCAAGACAGAUUCGGCUCUGAUUCCCACAGAAAGAUAGAACCGUCUUCAAACAGACAAAGAGUCCAUGCCACCACAUGAAGAACAACUAAUAUUCAGAACACUGGUUCAGCUUGGGACGGGAGACAACAAAGAUGGCACACAGCAAGGGGCCAUCCCUGUCCAAUUCCCGUGGUAGUAAUAUUUAUGUUGGAAGUGAAAUCAGGGAUUCCAUUUCACUUCUGGAUGUUUUGUACGCAAAUGCAUUUGAAGAAGAGGACAUAGACUCAGCAGUAGCGAAAAAGGCAGAGGCCGAUUUUUACAGAGGAGCCCCACCUCAAUGGCUUAACUUCUGCUGGGCUGAAAGGCCAAUGUCAGCUGAUAAAACUACCCCCUUUAUCAAAAGAGACGGGUACACUGAGCUGAUACAAAAUAUUCAGAAACGGCGUAAGGGCGAUCUGACUUCUACCAUCAAGCUGCUGCAUCAGCCAGGCAGCGGAGGAACCACUCUGGCCAAGCAGGUGCUCUGGGAUAUGCGUAAAACGCUCAGAUGUGCUGUUCUAACAGGCCCUACGUCAGACAUCUCCGCUAUCGCCAAGCAGGUGAUUCACCUUUUCACUGCAGGGGAUCAAGGCCAGCAGAACACUGUGCUCUUACUGCUGAAUGAUGUGUGUAUUCAGAAGAAUCUGCAGGAUGCCAUCAUGAAAGAGAUUACAGACCGAAACAUUACAACCCACAUGCCAGUGGUCAUCAUUUUAAACUGUUUGCGUAAGGCAGUUAUCAAACAAGAGGACCGUAACAACUCAAGACAUGUUAUUCUCAGGAUGGAACUUUCUGAAGCAGAGAGACAACAGUUUGAGGAGAAACAGAUUGAGAUCAGUCGAAGCUACGGCAAUGAACACAAACAGUUUCAUGGCUUUAACAUAAUGCAAGAAAAAUUCUGUGGAGAUUAUGUUAAAGAAACGUGUGCCUUUUUAAAUGUCAGGAAAAAAAGAAGACCUAAAAAUUCCCAGCUUCUUGCAUUCUUAUCACUGGUGAAUGCCUACGUCCCUGGAUCCCACCUUCUGCAGUCUCAAUGUCAGGCAUUUCUUGGACAUCAAGACGGAUAUCGUUCCUUUGAGCAGCGAAUGGAGCCUUUCACUCAUCUGAUAGUGACAUUCCCUUCAAAACAAGGACAAGACAAACAUGUCCGCAUGGCUCACCCACUGAUUGCACAGCAGUGUUUUGAGUUACUGGCUUCAGCAGGUGUGACCAGGAGUGAUACAGCAAGGCACUUUCUGACAGACUUUUGUGUAGAAGAGGUGCAGCAACAUUUGAUGUCUGUCAUCAAAGAUAUGCUAACUAAAAGGGAAAUCACUGUGGAUGAUCAGCAGAAUGCAGAAUGGAAACAAGACAUGUUAACGAAAGGGGAAAUGGGAGAAGAGAGAAAAGGCAAGUUUUCCAGGUUGAUUCAAGAUAUUCAAGAUACUGAAGGCAAAGAAUCCAAAAGCAACUGUGUAUCUGUUUUACAACUAGCUUCAAAUAAAUUCAAGCAAAACCCAUUCUUUCCUCAAGCUCUUGCUCGUUUCUUUUACAUUGUGAAGAGAGCCUAUUCCAAAGCGGAGAAGUGGGCAAAAAUAGCAAAAGACAGAGAUCCCAACAAUUCAUUUGUUGCUGACACACUGGGGCAAGUAUACAAGAACCAUUUGAUGAGCAGGGUGAAAGUAGAGCAGAGUUCCUUCAGGAUUUCUAAAGAGCAGGGUUCCAUCAGGGUCCCUAAAGAACAAGGCUGGGACAGGGUUACUAAACCGCAGGGUUCCUUUAAGGUUCCUGAAGAGCUGGGUUCCAUCUCUGCACAAGAAAUCUUGCAACUAUCAACAAUGGCCUUUGAGGCUUUCAAAGAUGAGGAAAAGGCUGCUGAAAAUGAGCAGGGAGCAGACACGCAAUACGAUGGUAUUAACAACGUCUCACACAUCUAUAACAACAGGGGACUAUUUGGUUAUCUACAGGUUGCCAACAUUGUUUUUGACUCGCUUGUCUCUCUUGAUAAAAACUGGCAAAAGGUCCUUACCAUGGAAAUAUCCGCUGACUCCUUUUUCAUAUCAAUCGGACAGAAAAAGCUCUUCAAGUACAAGCCACUCAUCAUCAGCCUCAGGGAUGAGGUGGAGAGGAAAUGUGAGUUUUUUGAUGGUUACCUGACUUACUCCAAGCCCAGCAAAAAAGAAAAUGAACCGCAUUACUUUCAGACUGAUGUCAAGAACUGCUACCACAAAUACGUGGGGACAUGCAAACCUAUACACUCAGAGUCUGCAAUAGAUGUACCCCUCCAGAAGCUCAAAGAAGAAAUGGCCAUUGCCUUCCCUGGACUGCUUUGCUGUCUUGAUAAGGGCUAUGAUGAGGGGAGGGAGGUAAUAAAAAAAGAGUGGGAAAAAAAGAAAGAUGGUGAUGGUGAGAAUAACGCUUCCCAAAACUUCAUCCUUGCCAACAUCAUCUUAAGCGAAGUGGAAGCAGCAUCUCCAAUGCUUACCUCGUUGCCAAUCCUAAAAAGAAUUCUGGAGAGAAAUCUAUUGGCUAAUCUCAGUAACCAAACCCCAGAGUUUUACUUCUUAGUCCUUCUGCUGUUUUGGCCUGAGGAGCAUAAGAAAAUGGAUUUCAAUAUUGACCUCAACAAAUGUGUUCUGGAGAUGCAAGAGUCCUACAAAAACACAUACAAGAAGCAUCUUCGCUCAAGGUACCUUCGCCCCCUUAUUUUCCUGGGAAAGGGUGAGGGUUUGAGCAGAUUGGUUCAUAGAUCAAAAAUAGACAACCUAUUGGUAGAGGAGAAACCAAUGGCAAGGCCACAGGCUAGGCAAGACUUUACCUCUCAAAAGUGGAGCAGUGGUGAGGUGUGGAGAGAACCCAGUGUCCAGGAUCUUCUACUUCCAGUCAAUGGAGUUGUUAGACAGCACAGGGUGUUUGCGUGCAUUAAUGGCAAGGAGAUUAAAGUUUGUGCCGACCAACAAAGCAAAGUCUGGAAGUCCGGAGACGUCUGCUUCUACCUUGGCUUCACCAUUAGAGGUCCUGUGGCCUACGAUAUCCACUACCCAUCCCAUUCAGGUAGGAUUAAAGAGGAGGAGCCUCACAAAAAUGUUGGAAGUACCAGACAUCAAAUUGAUCAAAGACCGGGCCUGUGAGAAGUUGAACAACGUGCCAAUGUGAUGACCUCAGGCCAGCACUUUGAGGACUUCCACCGGCCAUACCUGAUCCAGAGAGUGAACCAAGUGAAGCCCAUCUUGGAUAAACUCAUCACUGACAAGGGCUAAAGUUCAGUACUGGCUGAACGCACCACACAGGACAAGAUGAGGGAGCUCUCCACGGGACCACUGAGGGCAAGCGGCAUUAGAGCAAAAUAUAUUUUCUAUGAAAUCCUGAAGGAGUUGGGGCCACUGCUAAGACCUGAAGGGUGAAUGAGGAGCUGGAAUGGUGAAUUGGGGACAUUUAAAGUUUGUUUUAGGGGAAAAGGGCAUAAAUUAUGGCAGUUACGCUUUGUUUUAUUACUUUGUGCUUACAGUAAAACACAACCUAAGAGGAGUAUAGCAUGAUUAUUUUAUCAUUCUUAUUUUUCCACAUGUAAAUAUUAGUAGCCAGCAGAACUGCAACCCAGUGUUUUAGCCUAGAGGCUUUGCCAAAGAUAUAACAUUUUGGGGGAGCUUGGGGGUCUGGUAAAAGUUCGGUUGGAAGAUAAAUGCUCAAUCAUCUCACCUAGAUACUCUGGAUAAUUUACAGACAAGAAAAUAUAUAAAGCAAAUAUAUUAUGAAAAUACAAAAGUAUACUGUGUAAAGAAUUGAUGAUAAAAGAACAAUUCAAUUAUUUUAUUUUGGCUACUAAGUGAUUGACAAGUCAGUGAGGGUAAGGAAUACCAGCGAUCUAAAUACAUAUAUGAUGAUAUGACUUUGUAAAGCUUUAUGUACAAGCCUAAUACAACUUUUUAAACAGUAAUGAUAUGUGAGAAUUUUUGUGACAUUUUCACAACACAGGUUUUAGAAUAUGUAUUGAAAUAAAUAUCUACCUACA